AUGCCCAUCCAGCGACCGACCGCUGAAUUGGGCCCGGGCCGAUUUAUCCUAGGACUGCCAGAGUCUACUACUUCCAGCGUUAUCACUUGGGAUCUCAUGAACGCUGUAACGGAUCGACGCUCCGUGUUACCAGAACACGGUUUCGAGGCUGUCCAGGUGUGAAAUUGUUUGCUACCCUAUACACAGACAGACACGCGGCGGUUACCCGGCAGGUCGGGUCAAAGACAGCGAGCAUUUUACUGGGUACUUACGUGCUGUAUACGAAAUAGGUAACUUCCUUAUGUAUGGUGUAAUUACACAAAGUAUUCAUAUACUGUAAUUUGAUUCUGGC